AUAAGAGGCGUAUCUGGGUAAACAAGAGGCCUUGUCAUAGAAGUAAGGGAAACUGACUUUACUAACCAAAAUAGAGAUCAGAUUUGAAAAAAAAAACAGAGAUGGAGGUUGCGGGAUCGAAUCCUGAACAUGCUGUAACAAGUCCUGCGGAUUGUAAUUCCGCACCUGCGGCGGCUCCAUCUGAAGUAAAGAACGCUAUUGAGAGUUUGCAAGGGCGCGUUUCCAACUUAGUGGUGGAAGACGGCGGAAAAAUUCGAGUACGGAGAAAAACUGUUGAGGAUGUUUUGGAAGAGUGCCAGCGUACGUUCGAAUUGAUAAGGACUUAUGGCUUCCAUGAAGAGGACGACGAGGAGGGGGACGAUGGAGAAGAAGACAGCGACUCUCGAGGCACUGGCCAGGCCGAGGCCAUUCAGUGUGCGGACUCUGAAAGAGCCCAGUUAUGUGAUCUUUUGAAGUCUAGAGUGGAAUCUCCUGCAUUCCUAGACAAGGUUGAGACUCUUCAUGCCUCAAUAGCCCAAGGAAUUUUGGAGAGGGCUGCAGAUGAAGCCAACUCAUGGGACUUGGUAACAGAGACUGAUUUGCUGGAGGGUGAAUAUAAUGAUUCACGGAACUCUUUAGAUCAGGAAAGCUAUGUUCUUGUUCGUGAAGAAGAUAUUUUGGAAGGGAUUGCCUGCUUCAUGGCAACAUAUCUUUCCACAGUGAAGGAUACCAAGGAUUUGUCUCCCAAGCAACUUCAAAAAGCUUUGAGCAAAACAUUUUCUGUAAGAAAAAGGAAAGGAAAACUCCGCAUGAUGUGGGAUAGCAGCAAAGUUAUAUAUAAUGUUGUUUCAUGGGGUGCCACUGCAGUUGGGAUUUACCAGAAUCCCGCUUUGUUUAGAGCAGCUUCUGUGGCUUUCUGGACCACAUGCCGUGUAGUAUCAAAGUUAAUGUAAUUACACAAUCUGGGAAAGAUUGAUUGUGGCCAACUUGUAGAUAAAUAUCUUGAAAUACUUGCAGCUGAUUAAUUGUUGAUUCUUUUUCCUUAUUGGAAUGUUCGGGUAUUUAAACAGAUGCAAGUCACUGUACAAAUAUUUAAGUUUGCUGUAUCCUCAUCAUCAAUUUAUUGAAACAGAAAUUGCAAGUCUGUUUCAGUGUACAAACUCCGUACAAAUGAUACGGAUUGAUGUCGUAUGGAAAAACCAUACUAGUUCAAUAUGGUGUUUCCCUCUCAAUCAGUUAUAGCUAUUGUAAUUUUACCUUAUUAAGCUAUGGCUAUUGUAAUGUCGUCCUUAUUUUGUGUAAUACAUUGUUGCCUGUUAAUCUCUC